AUGCGUUUAAACAUUGAAGCAUUUACUGAAUGUCAUUCAAAUCCAUUGAAACAUAUCGAAAGACGGUUUAAUUAUUAUGGUAUUAAGUUACAAUUGGAAUCAAAUGAGUUUUUAGCACCUGAGCAUGUAAAAAAUGAUAUCGAAUCGUAUAUUGAAGAAAUUUUAUCAGAAGUAUCAAUAAAUAAAACAUUUGAAACUAUCGAAUUAUGUAAAGGUAUCGCUAUAAAAGAAGAACAGCACUUGAGAAUUAUUGCAGAACGUUAUAAAUGUUAUAUUAAAACUGAAUUGAAGCAUAAUUAUCAAUCAUAUCCUGUGCCAAAGGCAUUAAUUCCCAACACGCAAGUAUCACAAACAAUAUUCGAACAAUCAAAACAAUUUUAUUCUUCAACCGAUGUAUUUAAAAAAAUGAUUGUAGCCAAUGGAUCAAUGGAACUUCGUACAGGAGACAUUGCUUUACAAGAAACUGAUGUGAUUGUAAUUUCUACAACAUUCAAUGGUUUGAAAGACGGUGUCAUUGAAAGAUUAGGUGAAAUACAGAAUGAAGUAACUUAUAUAGAUGUCGAUGGUACUAUGUACACUGAAACAAAUGGAGGUAAAUUAAAUUGUAAACGAGUUUUAUUUUCUAAUUGGUUACCUAUAUCAUUAAUAAACAAUGAUCAAAUUUUACGAUCAUCAAUACGAACAUUUGUUACAAAAUCUAUGGAAUAUAUAACAAAAGAAAAAACUACAAAAUCAAUUGCAUUUGCCGUACCGGAUACAUCUACAGAUGAAACUAUUUUAGCCGAGAUAAUGGUGGCUGAAAUUAAAAGACAUUUAGAAACAAAUAAAUUACAGUUAAAAAUUGUAUUCGUCUGUUUACCUGAACAAGAAAAUUUAUAUCAACAAUUCUCGAAUUUAAUUCCAACAAUGGAAGAUAAUUUUAUGUAUUUGAAUUAUCCUACUACAGGUAAGAUCUUAAGAGUAGUGCCCUACAUGGGUACUACUUUUGGUAUUCGGACUGGAUUCAGCUGA